AUGUUUGCAAGCGGAUAUAGGCCAUAUACACCGGGCUCGAAAAAUAUAUACUCUAAUAGAGCAGGAGAUGGUGCCCUUAAACUAGCUGAUGAAAUUGGCGUGCUAAAAAGAGAAAAACAAAAUUUAAUACAAGAGAAAAGUUUAUUAAAAGCAAAAAUUGCAAGACUCACAACUAGAGCCAAAAAGCCUCAGAGUUUUGCUACUAAUUCAGCUGUUCAAAAUUCAUUAGAGCGCGAGUUACAUCAAAUUGAACAAAUGACUGCAAAUUAUAGAUCUGAAAUUGCACUCAUUAAACAGUCCGAUCGAGCCGCAAUAAUAGAUGAGCUUCAAGAAGAGUGCUUAAUGUUACAUAUGGAAUUAAUUCGAAUGAGAAGUAAAAAAUCGGAGGCAGAAAAAGAAAAUAAAGAUCUCCAGCAACUGUUACAAGAAAAACAGAGUGAAUUUUCACGAGAAGUCCUUUCCAAACAGAAAAAAGAAAUCAAAUCUUUACAAAAGGAAAUUGCACUACAACAAUCUCGUAAUGAGAUUAUUGCAGAGAAGGUUCAAAAGCGUGAAAAUGCAAAAGAUCAACCAGAUGAACGAGUUAGAGUAAUUUCAUCUACAAUUAGCGAUUUGGACCAAAAAAUAAAGAACGAAGAAGAUGAAACAGAAAAGAGCAAGCAAGAAAUAAAGAGAAUCCAAGAAGAACAAGGAGCUCGAAUCAAAUUACUCGAAGAUCGCUUGAAAUCUCUCAAUUAG